CUUGCGGCACACACACGGAACCGGUGAGCAGAGCAGCGCCGGCGCAACGUGAGACUCUUCUCACGGCGGUUGCGUACGCUGAGGCAGAGGCAACAUGGAAGUGAAGGAUGCGAACGCAGCACUGCUCAGCAACUAUGAGGUGUUCCAGUUACUAACGGAUCUCAAAGAGCAGCGGAAGGAGAGUGGGAAGAACAAGCAUAGCGCUGGGCAGCAGAACUUGAACGCCAUCACCUAUGAGACACUAAAGUACAUAUCAAAAACACCAUGUAGGAACCAGAGUCCAGCGAUUGUCCAAGAAUUCCUCACAGCAAUGAAAAGCCACAAGCUGACCAAAGCGGAGAAGCUGCAGCUGCUGAAUCACAGGCCGAUGACUGCGGUGGAGAUCCAGCUGAUGGUAGAAGAGAGUGAAGAACGGCUCACAGAGGAGCAGAUCGAAGCCCUCCUGCACACUGUCACUAGCAUUCUGCCUGCAGGUCCAGAGGAUGAACAGAGCAAAAGCACUAGCAAUGACGUGGCUAUGGAAGAGGAGGAGCCAGCAUAGAUGUGCAGCUGGCCAAGUUGUUCGUGAAGCUCAAAGCUGCAGCAGCCAUUUCCUGGAUGUUCAGAGAACUCUUUAUUUGGCCUGACCCCCUCUCUCAGUAUGCCUGAUCUCAGGAUUUGUUGGGGGAAAAAAAUCACAAAAAUAAGAUGAAAAGAAAUCUUUGUGCUUUGGGGUCAGAGCAGGGCAGGGGCUAAGAUGGGGGAGCAGGACUGCAGCUGUCUGGGGUAGAAAGGCUUGUGUGGCCUGUGCCGCACAUGCACACAGUGGGAGCUCGUCAGGCGCUUUGAUGACUGUUGUAGGCAAUGUCAGGCACUGCUGGGUAGAAUGGAGCUGGGAGAACGGACUCAGAUGGUCACCAGCUCUCAGAGCUGCACACAGCUGCUCUAGGGGAAAUGACCCAGAGCUUAGCUCACUGUAGAGGAAUGUCCUUGGCGGAAUAGGAGAUAAGAGAAAACUCCAAUCUGAGCCUAGCCUGGUGUACACACCUAAUGUGCAUGCAUGUCACACACAUACAAAGAAAUUAGUCCAAUUUCUGUGGCAAAACCCACAACUCUAUAGCCUGGGUGAGUGACAAGAAAAAGAGGCUUAUCUUGACUCCUGGUUCCGGUCCAAGGUCAAAGGGCAUCUGGAUAUGGCCCUCUUGUUGCCAGAGUACCCAGGUAGCAUAGGCUAGCAUAUUACAAAACACGAGAAGCGUUUGUUUUCAGAGUCUCUUGCAGCCCACAUUGACCUUGAACUUAUUAUGCGGUCCCUUCUGUCUGUCCUCAUCAGACAUCUUAUGAUUCUUCUGCCUCAGCCUCCUUAAUGCUUGGAUUCAAAGUGUAUGUCACUCACUUAGGAGGCGGAGGCCAGCCUGGUCCACAAAGCAAGUUCCAUGCCAGCCAGCGCCACACAGACCCUGUCUCAUAAAAAUAAAAAUAAACCAACAAAAAA